AUGGGUAAUGCUGCAUCUGGACUCAACCCAGCUGGUGGGAACAAGGAUGGUCAGAAUAAGGACGCGAAGGACAAGAAACCUCAGCCAAAGAAAUGGGAACCUCCGUUGCCCACUCGCGUUGGCAAGAAGAAGAAGCGCGGUCCCGAUGCAGCCACCAAGCUGCCUGCUGUCUACCCCACUACACGCUGUCGCUUGAAACUACUCAAGAUGGAGCGAAUCAAGGACUACCUGUUGCUGGAGGAAGAAUUUGUGCAGAGCCAGGAGAGAAUGAAGCCGAGCGUGAUGGAGGACAAGAAUGAGGAGGAGCGGACCCGAGUUGAUGACUUGCGUGGUUCUCCUAUGGGCGUUGGCUCGCUUGAGGAAAUCAUCGAUGACGACCAUGCCAUCAUCAGCACAGCGAGUGGCCCCGAAUACUACGUCUCAAUUAUGAGUUUCGUGGACAAGGAUUUGUUGGAGCCCGGUUGCUCCGUUUUGCUCCACCACAAGACAAGUGCGGUCAUUGGUGUACUCCAGGACGACACUGAUCCGAUGGUCAACGUGAUGAAACUGGACAAGGCACCGACAGAGAGUUAUGCGGAUGUUGGAGGGUUGGAUAACCAGAUUCAAGAGAUCAAGGAAUCCGUUGAAUUACCACUGACCCACCCCGAACUAUACGAAGAGAUGGGUAUCAAGCCGCCAAAAGGUGUCAUCUUGUACGGCGUCCCGGGCACCGGCAAGACCCUUCUAGCGAAAGCUGUUGCCAAUCAAACUUCUGCCACCUUCCUGCGUGUCGUCGGUUCCGAACUCAUCCAAAAGUACCUUGGUGAUGGGCCUAAGCUCGUCCGCGAACUCUUCCGCGUCGCCGAAGAACACGCGCCAUCUAUCGUAUUCAUCGACGAAAUCGACGCUAUUGGUACCAAGCGAUACGAUAGUACUUCCGGGGGCGAGCGCGAGAUCCAGCGUACGAUGUUAGAACUGCUUAACCAACUCGACGGCUUCGACACCCGUGGAGACGUCAAAGUCAUCAUGGCGACGAACAAGAUCGAGUCGCUUGAUCCUGCGCUCAUUCGUCCUGGUCGGAUAGACCGAAAGAUCGAGUUCCCCUUGCCUGACCUCAAGACCAAGCUGCGUAUCUUCAAGCUGCAUACAAGCCGCAUGAGCCUCUCGGACGACGUGGAUCUCGAAGAGUUCGUAACAGCGAAGGAUGAGAUGAGCGGUGCCGAUAUCAAGGCCGUCUGCACAGAAGCUGGUCUGUUGGCGUUGCGGGAGCGGAGAAUGCGGGUGACAAAACAGGACUUCACAACUGCGCGGGAGAAGGUGCUAUAUCGGAAAAAUGAAGGCACCCCAGAGGGUCUCUAUCUGUGA